AUGGACGGAAUUUCUCAUUGUUAUGAUGCUUUCGAUGAAUCCAACGUAUCUAACUCAUGUUCGUUGAAUGAUACAUAUUGUUUUCGAUGUACAUCUGAAAACCAAUGUCUAUCACCUACUAUGGUCCACAACAAUCAAGAUAAUUGUAUUGGUGGAGAAGAUGAAUCUAAGCGACAGGAACGGAUAACUGAUAUUCAAUGGCUUCCUUUCUCUGCUCUAUGUAAUGGUGCAACAGAAAUAGUUUCUUUAACAAAAACGAAACCGGUGAAACUCAUUGUGAACAUUGGGCAUGUGUUAAUCAAUAUCCACGCUGUAACGGAGUAUGAAAUCAACUGUUCAUUGCAAUUCACAUGUCCAUCAGAUCAUCAUCCUUGUUGGCUUCCGAACAUCAAGAAAAUGGGAUGUUUACAUGUUAAUCGUACGGAAGAUGGAAUUAUCGAUUGUCUUGGAGCGACAGAUGAAAGAACAUUUUGUCGUCUAUCAUAUCCGACUGAAGGAUUCCGACACUAUCAAUGUUGGAAUAAUACGAAAUGUACUAUUUACACAAUGCGUUGUGUCGAAUGUGAAGGAUUAUAUUAUGUUGAUGAAAUAUGCCGAAAUCCUUCUCAAGACCUUGAAAAAGCGAUACAUUAUUUUAGGUUUAUGGAGAACCGCCAUCUUCUUCAGAAAUUACCAUUUUCUCCUCAAUCCUCACGUCCAUUCCCAACGAAAAUAUUAAUAUCAUCAUCAUCCGAUAAUAAAACUGUACAACAUCAGAUACUUCGAAUAAAAGAAUCCAAGAACAUUAACACAAUGGAUUCUGAGCAAAUAUGGUUCUGUUACCGAGUUAUUUCAAUUGUCUAUGGCAAAAAUGAAAGUAUACGAUGUCUUUAUCCACCGGUUUAUUAUGGUGAUCGCUGUCAAUAUCAAAAUCAACGUGUUAGUCUUACUGUUCGAGUACGCAAUGAAAAUGCUGAAAGACUUGAUAUUAUUUCGUCUCAUUGUCAGAUUAAUUGA